UGGCAACCUCAUAGCUCAUACAGCACUUCUAUAAACAAGCGGAGCACCUUCUCCGGUUAGCUAACGCUAGGCUAACCAACUUUAUCUCUCAGUCAAUCAGUUCAUCUGGGUCAGCCAUUCCCUUUGAAGAGCUCUGCUUCAAUCUAGACAAUGACCUGACCAAUGGACCUCUGGAGUGUCUGCUCAGUUAGGGGUUCACGUGUGGAUGCAGAUCAUGAAUGACAAACUAGUCUUCCUGGGCCUGCUGUACUUUGUCCAGGGCAUUCCCUAUGGUCUCCAGUCUUCCCUGCUUCCUGUCUACCUGCGUGGAGCUGGUCACUCUCUCACCCGCAUCGGCUUCACCAAGAUCCUCUACUUCCCAUGGGUCCUCAAGGUGCUCUGGGCCCCUUUGGUGGACCGGGUCGGAUCCAAGCGACGCUGGCUGGUGGGGACAGUGUCUGGGCUGGCUCUGACAUGCCUCACCAGUGCUGCCCUGGCCCCAGAAGCACAUAUCUGGGGAGUAGCGGGAACCCUCUUGGCCAUGAACUCCUUGGCCUCUGUCCAGGAUAUUGCUGUAGAUGGGGCUGCAGUGGGGUUGUUGAAAGGUCGUGGGGAGCUGGGGCUGGGCAACACAGCCCAAGUCGUGGGCUAUAAAGCUGGAUCAGUGUUUGCCGGAGGUGGGCUGCUGGCUGUGAUUGACGUGGCUGGAUGGAGCUGGAUGUUUAUGCUGCUGACGUUUGUGUACGCAGGCGUGGCUCUGUUUGUGUGGGGGGCCCCUGUGCUGGAUGAUGAGACUGUGAAGGGCCAGCAUGCAGAUGGCAGCAGGAGGGCAGGGCAGCCUGCAGACUCUAUGUGGCCAUGGAAAGUGUGGAGAAGGAUGCUGGCGGUGCCCGGCACCCCCUGGACCGUCCUGUAUGUGCUGACAUACAAACUAGGUGAGCAGGGUGCAGUCACCAUGUUUCCUCUCUUCCUGUUGGAUCAUCACAUGACCGCCAGGGAGCUCGGUUUCUGGAACGGCGUCAUCGCGAUGGGCUUCUCCAUCUGCGGCUCUUCUCUCGGAGGCCUGCUGCUCGCUCAGUUCAGCAUCGGGGCUCUGAUGCGACGGGUGUUUGUCCUGCGAACCAUCAGCAUGGUCUUUCAGAGCUCUCUACUCACUAUCCUGGAACCAUCGCCACUCAUGAAAGGUAUGGCCGUCCUGAGUAUGAGUGUUCAGCACUUCCUGGGUGGCCUCAUCACCACGCUCACCUUCACUACCAUGAUGCAUUGUACUCAGAGGGCAGAGGAAAGCAUUCAGUCGACCCACUACAGUUUCCUGGCCACUCUGGAGGUGCUGGGGAAGCUGAUGUUCAGUGCUCUGGCCGGAGGCGUGGUGGAUUGGUUUGGUUUUCAAGUGGCCUUCCUCUUCUUCCUCACCCUCUCCGCCGGGACGGCCCUGCAUGUGUGGACGGCCACCUUCACUGGUGCUCUCAGGGAACACCAGCUCAAAGAGCAGCCUAAGUGAGAUCAGGAUCGGGGCGUCUGCAGGUGCUGAAAACGUGCUGACAUAACUUGAGUUUGGCGCUUCAAAGUCCCUGAAUCCCAAUUAAAUAUAACACUUAUGACUUCAGCAAAUUAAAUAUACGUCUAGAAGAUCUUGAGUACGUUGACUUUUUGCCAUUUUUAAGGAGAAAUCAGCCAUGCGGUUAAGUGCUCUAAUGCAGUGUGCUUUUUUUGGUUUUCAACUUGCACAAUUGUCAUUUCCCUAGCAAACUGGCCUUAUUUUGUAUUUAUUUUGCAUUUGAAAUGCCUGGAAAAGUCUUAAUAUUGACAGCAGCGUGAGGACGAGCGCAUUGAGUAUUACGUUUUCUGGACAGAAUGAGAUUGGUGCAUCCGUUGAGUUGAUGAUUGGCUGUCGAGAGUACUGUAUUGAGAGUUGAGGAGUACUUUGGGAAACAAAAUCAAAGCUGUUCUUUAUCAUCUGAGCCAUUUUAAUGUUUUAAUAAGCCAGCAAUAAGAGCAGAAGCCAAAAGCAAUAUCGCUACUUAUGAUGCUUGUUCUAUCAUACUGUAUGAAUAUGUUUGUCGUCUCCUCAAUUGUAUGGUUUACAUUUCAAGAUGAAUAAAUCUCUACUACCUCGUAUCAGCACUGUAAGGUACGACGCACAGGAGGCAAAUGUACAGUAGCUGCCAGUAGAGCUUACACUCAUUCAAGAUGAAUAGUUUCCACACAUUUUACCUAAGCGACAACAGUUGGCUAAAGUAGGUUUGCAAUGACGGCAGAUUGUUUUAUUGUUUGUCUGUUUCAAAGGGAAUAAAAAGACAUGCAGCUGUAGAAUGAGGAGUGUUUGUUGUGUAUAAAUAACCUCAGAUUUACAGAAUAAAAUCCCUUUCUCUUUGGAA